AUGCUCUUUGUCCUAAAACGGUCCGAUCACGUGCUUACUGAUGACACGAGCAACGGAAAUUCCGACAAGCCAUAUUGUGGCCGGCCAAUGACGGCAGCACAAAUGCUGGAGGACAAGAGACUCAUGGUCGAGGCAAUCAACUCGGGCCGAAUGUCACUCCUCGACGAAAGCCUCCUCCCCCCCCGCCUCGACGAGCCGGCUCCUCAACAGCAGCCGGCUCCGGCCGACGACGGCUUCGAGCCGUGCAUCUUCUUCUUCUACGGCACGCUGAUGGACCCCGAAGUCCUCCGCUCCGUCGCCGCGCUCGACGCGCCGCCCGAGCUGGCGGAUGCCUGGGUCGAGGGCCUGGAGCUCCGGCUAUGGCACGCCGUCUAUCCCACCCUCACGCGCCUGCGCCAGGCUCGCGCCGCCACCCCCCGCGUCGACGGCAAGGCCUGGCGCGCCACGUCCAUGGACCAGUGCCUGCGACUACAGCGAUAUGAGACAGCCGCCUACGAGGGCUACGACUGCGACGUCUAUCUCGCGGCCGGCGCCGUUGUCCGGGGCCUGACGUUUGUGUGGGCGGGCGACCCGGACAGCAGCCAGCUCUCCGACGGCACGUUUAACCUAGCGCUGUGGCAGCGCAAUCACAAGGGCUCCGUGUUUUAG